GCUUAACUAUCCCAAUAAUCUGUCGAUAACACCAAUUGUAUUUAUUUUAUACAGUUUAUUAGGCCAAAAUGGCCGCGUUUCAUAUCUGCCGCGUAAUAUUCUACAUAAAUAUAUUAGCAUCCAGUGUAGUUCCCGGGCACAUCCCGAUGCGUUAUUUCAAUUGGGCCGAACCUGACAUGCCUGAUUUCGUGACAUACGACUCGAUAUCCGCGAAGGCAAGCAAAGAAGGCAGUGCACAACGUCUGAAAGCAGUUCGAGAUGUGAUGAAAGAAAAUGGUGUUGAUGCAUACAUCAUACCUACAGCUGACGCGCACAAUUCACAGUACAUAGCGCCGACAGACGCGCGUCGCGAAUGGUUGUCCGGCCUUCAGGGCUCCUCCGGCACUGUGGUGGUGACCGCCGAGGAAGCCCGCGUGUGGACAGACAGUAGAUACUUCACGCAAUUCGAGUUGCAAGUCAACACAGAACAUUUCACUUUGAUGAGGCAAGGCAUAGACGAAUCGAUCCAAUCCUGGUUGGUGGGAAACCUUCAGGACUCUGUCGUGGGCAUUGAUCCGACCACUUACACCAGGAAUUCUUGGACAUCGUUGGAGACAGCAUUGGCCACGGUCAACAUAAGUUUGAAAGCCACUCCUCAGAAUCUGGUUGAUAUAGCGAGAGCGGAUAUCGGUGACCCAGCUCCAGUGAGACCCAACAAUGACCUGUUAGCUCUCAAUAUUUCAUUCACAGGAAGACCUUCCAAUGAAAAGAUAUCUCAGUUACUUCGGGAAAUGGCAAGUAGGAACGCCACUGCUUUGGUCCUAACGGCAUUGGACGACAUCGCUUAUACCUUGAACAUACGAGGUUCGGAUAUUCCGUAUAAUCCAGUUUUCUUCUCUUAUUUGGUUAUAAGAAGCGACUUGAGUUCACCUGCUAACAUCGUCUUUUUUUGGGGGAACGGUGAAUUAACAGCGGAUAUUCAAGCUCAUCUAUCCUCUGAAGGCACACAGUUGACUCCAAGGCCAUACGAAAAUAUAUUCAGCUACUUAGAGAAUAUGGUGAUAGAAAUGCCUGGAGAUACCGUCUGGUUGUCACAAGAUGGCAGUCACGCACUCUAUUUAGCAGUGGAAACCGAUGGUGUUGCUAGCAUAUUGUCUACACUCUCGCCAGUUGCCAGUAUAAAAUGCGUGAAAAACGACGUAGAGCUUGCGGGCUUUCGCACUGCCCAUAUUAAGGAUGGCAUCGCUGUAGUUCGAGGUCUGCGAUGGGUCGAAGAAUCUGUAGCAGCCGGCGAGGUUGUCACAGAAAUAGAUCUGUCCGACAAACUGGCGCAAUUAAGGAGCGAAGAAUUGUACUCACAUGGUCCUUCGUUUUCCACGAUCGCUGGCGCCGGUGAAAAUGGUGCCAUCAUACAUUACAGCCCACCUAGAGAAGGUUCCAGAGUGAUAGGAAAAUAUGACAUGCUGCUAGUCGACUCAGGAGGGCAGUACAAGGACGGUACGACAGACAUCACACGCACGCGGCAUAUGAACGCUUCACCGACACAGGCGCAACGACUCGCCUUCACGCGCGUGCUGAAGGGGCAGAUAAUGUUGGGGACCGUCGUAUUCCCUAAAUGGACUGUGGGCCACACUUUGGAGUCGUUCGCGCGCAAAUCUUUGUGGGACGUGGGACUGAACUAUGCCCACGGGACGGGGCACGGCGUGGGUCACUUCCUCAAUGUGCACGAGGGGCCGUCGGGGAUCCUAAGCGGACCCCUAGCUUCAGACCCUGGCAUCCAGCCUAAAAUGAUAUUCAGUAACGAACCCGGAUAUUAUGAAGUUGGAGAGUAUGGGAUCAGACACGAAGACUUGGUAGAAGUCAUCGAGUUGAACAAAGAUUCUGAUCAUAUUUUGGCCAACGGUCUAGUUGGCAAUUUCUCCGGAGCAGGAGCGCUAGGCUUCCGCUACCUGUCGCUGGUGCCUCAUCAGACGGCGUGCCUGGAUGUGGGACUGCUUUCAGAAUUCGAGAUUAAAUUUAUAAACGAUUACCACGCUCGAGUUUUCUCCGCCCUGGGACCUAUACUUCGUGAGAGGAAUCUGAUGGACGACUACAGGUGGUUGGAAAAGGAAUGCGCGCCAAUCCGCAACGCCGCCAUCUUUGUGAAGUCGUCGCCAUUUUUAUUCAUUAGCAUUGUUAGUCUAUGGUUUGUUUAAGUGACAAAAAGUUACGUGCCAGUUGCCAUAUUCAUUUAUAUCUAUGGUGCUAGGGGCUUUGAGAACUUGAUAAGUUGCAGUCUUAGAUAAAGAAUCCUAUUGUAGUGAUAAAGGUGUCGAUUCUGGCGUGAUUCUCUAAACUUAAUUUAACAUCAUUCUCUCAUUUUCAUUCUGUAUAGAGAAUGACAAGGAUACACUGUUGACAAAUUUAUGUUUAGGUUUAGAGAAUCAUGUCAGAAUUGCCACCAUAAUAUUGUUGGUGCGUCGCUGUCCGUCACACCUUUUAUUAAGAAUUAAAUACGUACGAAUUUUAUAAACUUAAUAUUUUCAUUAAUAAAAAAAUCUACCAAU